UCUACGACGACUUUCUCUUUCACCCUGGCUUUGUUUUUCGAGGUUUCUGUUCUCUUGUUAACAUGGAAGAAAGCUGCCUAGUUGUCUUGCUUAGAUUAUGUGUCCAGUUCUUUGCUCUACCUGUUUACUUGCUGCGGUAUCUAGGUAUCUGGGACCCACUUUGCAAGAAGAUGUUCCCAUAUUUUAUGGCCGUGGCAUCCAUUGUUUACAAUAAGCUGUCUGCCGAGAAAAAGGAACAUUUCAGCAACCUGAAGGACUUUGCGGGCUCCACAGGGGUGCUCACACUAUUGGAGAUUGGCACAGGAACUGGGUCCAACUUUGAGUUCUACCCAGCAGGAUGCAAAAUUAUAUGCACUGAUUAUAAUCCCAACUUUAUGAAGUUUAUUGACAAGAACCUAUCUCAAAAUCCACACCUGCAGAUGAAGUGCUGCUUCGUGGCCCCAGCUGAAGACUUGCACCAAAUACCGGAUGCUUCAGUGGAUGUGGUGGUUUCCACUCUGGUGCUGUGCUCUGUGAAGAGCACAGAAGGAGUCAUGCGAGAAGUUCUACGAGUGCUGAGACCAGGAGGUGCUUUCUACUUCAUGGAACAUGUUGCAGGGGCACUUUCCAGUUGGAGCCGCUUCUGGCAGCAAAUCUAUGAUCCAGUUUGGAAGAUUCUGUUUGAUGGAUGCCAUUUGACGAGAGAAACCUGGAAAGACUUGGAAAAUGCUGGCUUCUCAGAGCUGAAGCUACGGCAUAUACAAGCCCCUAUAUACUGUAACCUUGUUAAGCCUCAUAUUGUAGGAUAUGCUGUAAAGUAAUUAGGUAAUAAACUAAUAAGCAAGAUCUUCAAACAUC